AUGCCUUUUCUCAGCGACGAGGAGCUCCGUUCUAUCGUCGACCGCAUCCGAUACCUCGAAAUGGCGAUCGAGGAGGCGAAGACCCUGGCCGCGGCCCUUGAAUCCAACCUGAUCGCUGCCACCAAGAAACCCGAUCCCGUCGUUGGCAAUGCCUAA